GGGCUGCAGAACCUGGGCAACACGUGCUUCAUGAACUCCAUCUUGCAGAGCCUCAAUGCGGUUCCGGAGCUGGUACAGCAGUUCCUCAAUCCACCGGAACGACACUGGAGCUCCAAAGCGGUAGUGGCUCCCGCCUACAGCGGCCUGGUCCGGGACAUGAUCACUGGGUCGUACGGCGGCUGCGUCAACCCGUCGGCCUUCCUGCGCAAGAUCUCCAAGCACGACACCCGCUGGGGUGACGGCCGGCAGCAGGACAGCCAGGAGUUCCUGAACAGCCUUCUAGAAGCCCUGCAAGCCGAGUGCAACCGCAUCACCGCCAAGCCCACCUACCGGGAGCUGCAGGGCAAGGGCAGCGAGGCGGCCCAGGCGGCGGAGGCGUACGAGUACGCGCGCAGCUGGAACGACUCCGUCGUGGACGACAUUUUUGGCGGCCUCACGCAGUCCACAAUACAGUGUCAUGCUUGUCAACGUCUCUCGCAUACUUUUGAGCCGUUUCUGGGGCUUGCGGUGCCCAUUCCGCCGGCGGCGGCGGCGUCCUCGGGUUCAGGCGGCGACAUGGAUGCUGGUCGCGGCGGCGCGGGCGUAUCGGUCGCCGACUGCCUGCGCGCCUUUGUUGAGUGCGAGGAGCUGCAGGGGGAUGACAGCUACAAGUGCGAGGCGUGCAAGCAGCGGCAGCCACACAGCAAGAGGAUGCAGAUCUUUCGGCCGCCGCGGGUGUUGGUGUUGACGCUCAAGCGCUUUGCACAGCGCCCCGCCGCGCCGGGCUUUUUCAGUCGAUUCCGCUCGCCCGCCAAGAACAACACUCCGGUUCGGUUGGAACCCGAGCCUCUGGACUUGACGCCGUACUGCAACCCGCUGGGUCUGCGGGGGCUGUGUGUGCGGGGCCGUGGGCCGGUGGCUCCCUUGUACCAGCUGGUGGCGGUAUCCCACCACAGCGGCAGCCUGGAGGGCGGACAUUACACGGCACAGGCGCGCAGCUGCUUGGACGGCCAGUGGUACAACUUCAACGACAGCUGCGUGCGUCGUGAACCGAGCCGGCCCAGCGGCAGCAGCAGCAGCGCGUACGUGAUGUUCUAC